AUGGAGCACUCCCCCUCUAUGAACUUGUCAGUGGCGAGUGGAGAUGAGGUGGAGGACCAGCGCCCCCUCCUCCCGCCCAGGAUGGUCCCUCCUCUUCAGGCCUGCCCUCCACAUUGUGGGAUACACCAAAACCUCCAAACGUCGGCCGAUCAGACCGUGUGGCUGGACAGAACCCAGGCCAUGGCCACCACGCCUUUAUACAACGGCCACCUUUAUGUCACGCCUUCACCUCACUCCCACAGGAGGGGAGACAAAGGCAAAGAGAAGAAAUGUGAGAAAAGGUCAGGGGGGAGUAGACAAAAUCAAGCACGAAAGGAGCGGAAUCAGCAGUGCAAAGCCAGAAAUGCAGGACCUGACAGACUCCAGGAGAGAGUCACCUCUUUUACUGACAUCCCUGUGUCUCCCUGCGGGUCACCCUUUAAGAGUCCCCGCAGGUCACACUUAGAGGUCAAGGAUACCGAGGGCAGAGGGCGCCACAAGUCAGGCAACGUUUCUUUGGAGAUGCACGACCGCCUGAGUCUCCCAGAGAUCAUCAUCACCAGCAGAGAUGACGACCUCCAGCCACACAAUGAGAUGUCCCACCAGGAGGCCAAAGGCCUGCUGCCAGGAGCCGAGUGUCCCAGUUCGAACCCAAGUCCUGGUCCCGACCUCAGCCCAAAACACAAGGUGGAUGCCAAGAACGACACGUACCAGAAGACCCACAACAUCGGCUGGCGGCUGGUCCACAGGAGGGCUCUGUUUUUGAAGAGGCAGCAGCUGAACGACUGCGCCCUGGCGGUGGGAUUGUUCGGGGUGGUGCUGAUGGUGAUGGAGACAGAGCUCUCCUGGAGCAUCUACAGCAAGAGCUCCAUCUACUCGCUUGCACUGAAGUCCAUCAUCAGUUUCUCUACGAUCAUUGCGCUGGGCCUCAUCAUAGCGUACCACUGCUGUGAGGUGCAGCUCUACGUUCACGACAUCGGUGCAGAAGAUUGGCGGAUUGCCAUGACAACCGACCGAGUGGCUCUGGUAGCCCUUGAGCUGGCAACGGUGGCCAUUCACCCCUAUCCGGUGGGUCUCCUCGCCUACUUCCAGCAGACCUUCCAGCACACCACGACCCGCCUGUCUCUGUCAGAGACAGACCUGGAGAUCAUCCUGGCUCUGCCCAUGUUCCUCAGGCUCUACCUGCUGGGCCGGGCCAUGAUGCUGCACAGCCGCCUCUUCACUGACACUGCGUCUCGCAGCAUCGGAGCCCUCAAUAAGAUACACUUCAACACCCGGUUUGUGGGGAAAACUCUUAUGACCACCUAUCCAGGGACUGUGCUGAUGAUUUUCAGCGUCUCGCUGUGGGUUGUGGCAGCGUGGGGCUUACAUGUUUGUGAGAGGCACCAUAACUACAGGGACCUGAGUAGCAACUACAUGGAGGCCUUGUGGAUGGUCUCUGUCACUUUCUUGUCCAUUGGUUAUGGAGACGUGGUGCCUCACACCUACUGCGGUCGCAGCAUCUGCCUCCUCACUGGGAUAAUGGGAGCGGGCUGCACUGUCCUGGUGGUGGCAGUGGUUGCCAGGAAGCUGGAGCUGACCAGAGCAGAGAAACAUGUUCACAACUUCAUGAUGGACUCCCACAUCUCCAAGAUGUUAAAAAUUGCUGCAGCAAAUGUGCUGAGAGAGACUUGGCUAAUCUACAAACACACUAAGCUGUCAAGAGAAAGAGACCACAGCAGAGUCCGCAUGCACCAGAGGAAGCUGCUUCUGGCCAUCCACCAGCUACGGCGAGUGAAGAUGGAGAAGAGGAUACUUGCAGACCAAGGGAACACACUUGUAGACCUCUGCAAGGUGAGAGAGAUGCAGAGCCUGGUGUACGACGUGUUGUCGGAGGUGCAGGGCUGCAGGAGGGAGCUGGACACACACAUCCACAGCCUGGAGAAGAAUGUGGAGGAGUUGAGGGAGGGCUUCAGGAGCUUGAUGCCACUCCUGUCCAGCACCCUGUCCACGCAGAACUCGUCCAUCCGCCACCUGCUCAGGGAGAGGGAGGAGAAGACGGAGACUGCAAGUACAAGCGUAGACAGGUAGAGGAGGAUGAAGAAAUACAGGUUUCUCAGGCGCUCCUGGAGGAGUUAUCUGCCUAUUGUGCAGCUAAAAUGAUCAUGUUGGGACA